AUGCUUAAAGGUCCCACCGAUACUAUCGGAGGACCAUCGAAUAAUGCGCAAUCUGGUAAGGCUCAUUCAGAUUCAGGGGAGGAUACUGGACCUGAGGCUUUAAAAGCGAUGGACGGUCGGCUUAUGAAAGUCGAAGAGGCUGUGAAGGAUGCUGUAAAGGAUUUGAAGAAAACAGUCUCUUCAUUGUCGAGUGGUGAUAAUCCGUCGGAGGAGAAUAAGGAGUCGGACGAAGAGGAUGAUGUUUAUAAGGCAUCGGAGGAAGAGGAUGGUGGUGAUAAGGAGAGUAAGGAGUCGAAGGAAGAAGAUGACGUAAAUAAUUACAUUCGCGAUGUUACAAACGAAGUGCAGAAGGAACAUGGUGAUGUUGAUGAUAACAUGGAUGAAGAUGCUGCACAUAUGAUUGGUCAUGCUGAGAAGCAUGAGAAGGCAGAGGCUGAGAAGGCUGAGAAGGCAAAGAAGAAAAAAAAGAGGGGGAGAAUAGAUGAUGGAAAAGAAGCAGAGCCUUCGAAAAAGACAAAGGGUUUAGGAAAAGUGUGGAGUCCUGUAAUACAAGAAGCAUGGGUUUUGGGGGGAGAAGGGAGCGGAGGAGGAGGAAUCAGAGGAGGAGGAGGAAUCGGAGGAGGAGGAGGCAGCAGAGCAAGAGGUAGCAGAGGAAGAGACAGCAUGAAAGAAGAAUAG